AUGUCCCCGUUGGUCAAUGACUUGUGGUCCGCUGAUGUCGAGAUGAAUCACACACUCGUGCAGGUGCCAUUGGACGUGAACGCUACGUACCUGAACCUCACGCAUGCGUUUGGCGUCAAUGGGAGCAUUCUGAGUGCUGCACACGACAAUGAAGAGCUUGUUCGCUUCGCCUCUGUAUACGAGAAGGAAAUGGUGCUGUUGCUAGUGUUUGGACGGGAUUCGGACGCUCAUCCGAUGACAAGUAGUGUCCAGAUCACAGUGAUUGGCGAGGAUUCGGAGGGUUCUCCUAUUCAAUUGGACUUCUCCAUGCGGCGUGUCUACGUUCCAGAACACCAGUAUCCGGCCACAACUCAUCCGCCUGCCGUUUGGGUUCCGACAAGCUACUUUCCGCAAUGUUCUGCCGUCUACUGUAGUGACGACGAACCGGAGAUUAAACUUGCAACGAAGACAGAAGAUGGCGAGGAGAAGCUGUCGGAUGGACAGAUCGCUGUUGUUGCGGACAAGUUGGCUAGCAAAGUGCCGCUUGUUGAAGUGUUCCUGCCGUUUAACGUGACGGGAAAGAAGCUGAACGACGGUAAUACUCUAAACCUCGGAUGGAACAUGGACUUGCGGCUUCACAACGACGCGAAGGAUAUCGACUGGAGUGACCACGAUGUUUGUCAAUUGAAGGUUCCGAAGAAGAAGCCAAAUACUGCGGUUGCAGCUGAUACCGAAGGGAGUAAGGCCAAGGAGAAUGUUGCAGUAGACGCCAGAUCAGGUGCAAACCACGCUGAAGAUAAAGCUAUUCCUGUCGCAAACGAUCCGCUUGAAGAGGAGAAUGACAAGAUGCAGGAUAUUGCUGAAGAUGAAGCUAAGAAGGACGAGAGCACGGAGGCUGAAGUUACUGAAUUCGAUGGCGGGAUCACGAAAUGCCGGCUUGCGGAACACAACCGUGGUGUGAUUGUUACCGUGCGAGUUUUGUCGAACCACGCCCACGCUGUACUCUCUGCUGCUGGAGCGCUAGAAGACGAUGAGAAGGAGAGUGAAACAAACACUCCUGAUUCUCCAGAGGCAAGCGGCUCGGCCACUAGUAUCCCCAAUAGCGGAGUUGAUUACGAUGCAGUGGACAAACUGCUGGAGGAGUGGAAGACGAGUCCUCAGGUGGCUGACGGCCAAAUCUGCUUUUUUGAUGCGGACCGAGCUGAUCCCUCGCGGUAUCGCUACUGCUUCGCUCUAGCUUUGGGCCACUACCACUCUGAAGAAGUGGAGUUGAUGCACAAACCAACACUGUGGGCUCAGCUGCAUCCACCCAAGCCUAAGGUGUUGUCUUGGUGGGGAAUUGGAAAGUGA